AUUCAUAGAAGUAAUUGAUAAUUUUUAAUCCUCCAAAUCUAACUCAUAAAUAAAUUUCGACAAAACAUCACAAUUUUAUCUUUAGCUGUUUUGACUUUUGAGCUCCAUCUCUGAUAUUUCAUCCUAUCCCCAAAAAAUGAGCCCAAAGACUCCCCAAAACCGCCGGAAAAGCAAAAAAACCACAACCUUCCCCUCUACACGGCGGGCCCCGCCCGCCAGCCCGAACCGUCGGGUCUCCCCUCCACCGUCCGCAGCGGCGCUCGCCGAGGGCGACCUCUUCGCCGAAGAGCUCUCGCGAUUCGAGACCCUCCAAAUCUCGCCGGAGAGCCCGAACCCUCGGAGUUUCCCGCACAGUGUGAAGCAGCAAUGCUGGGACAAGGCCGAGAAAAUCAAGGGCCGCCACCCGGAUAGGUGGCGGCGCGACCCCUUGGGCAACACUGUGUUCCGGAAGCUCGUCGGAUGCUCCGGUUGCCUCUGCCAUGAUUACGAUCACAUUAUUCCUUACUCUAAGGGCGGGAAAAGCACCUUAGAAAAUUGCCAAGUGUUGCAGGCAACUGUUAAUCGAUCCAAGGGAAACCGGACUGAGAUGUCCAAAAGUGAGCUUAUUCAGAAGAGUGCUUACUGCCGGGUUUCAGGUUUACUCGACUUCUAUAUUUGGCUAUCUAAGCGCGUGCAUAGUAACAUUGUUCUCCGAAAUUUACAUGAUACUUUUCAUAAAAUGUUAGAAUCUUCUCUUAAAUUCAAGAUGGCAGGGUUUGUUAUCAUCAAGAGUUAACUGUAAAAAUGACACACCAUUUACCCCUAACUUUCAAUUUUCACAUGACUUUUAAGACGUUGCAGUUACAACACCGUCUUUUAAUACUUCUUCAAUUACAACAUCCACAAAGUUUGUCUGGUUUGCACCCUAAAAUGACGUUAUUUUUCACAAUGAAGCGACAUUUUUCAAUCACUGAAGAACUUGGGGAUGUAACUGCAAAAUAUUUGAAAGUGUUAUGAUUGCAAUAUGUCUUGACAGCUGUGUGAAAGAUGCAAACUGCUCUAGUGAAUGUUGUGUUAUUUCCACUAGUUAAACACUUUUAUCAUUACCAAACUCUCAAACACUCAGCCCCACAACAAGCUUAAGCUGUGUAGCAAUGGAGCCAAUGCCACUGAUUCUUUUAGUGAGAAUGUUGUUUUCAUGGCUUGAUGUGAAUUAGUGCAGGUCGCGACAUGGACCUUCUUGAGUUGUCGGCCUAUGGCAAUGUUCGCCGUGGCCAAGAUUCCGGCGGAUGUAAAAUUCAAUAAUAAGCUUAUGCAUCGGCCAUAUGUAUAGCUUAAGGAUUAGUCUUGAUACAUGAAGGAAUUCUAACACAGAUGGGAAACUAAUUAACUAAGGGGACGGUUACUUUUAAGGAUUAUUCUUGAUACAUAAAAACACUAAGGUUAAUCCAUUAUUUGUUUACUUGGAUGGAUUGAAACUUUGGAAUAUUCCAAGGACCUUGAUUAUUUCUUUUAUUUAAGCUUGUUUUAUUUGAUUCC